AAAAUAAUAGUCAAACAUAACCGGUGGCUCCGGUCAACGGUUGAUAAACCUCUUUCUAAAUUGCUCUCUCUCUCUCUCUCUUGCUGAAGCAUUCAAUUUUGUGGAGGAGCUUCUUGGGUUCUCUCAGUUUUUACCUCUUCUGAGGUUGAUCCAAAAAGAGCCUAAUUUUUUAAUUUCUUUUUCAAGAAUUUUGCUUUUCAAGCUUAGAAGAAAAUGGCACAACGUACUCAUGUACCAAAAUUUGGCAAUUGGGAGAGUAAUGAUAAUGUUCCUUAUACAGCAUAUUUUGACAAGGCACGGAAAGGUCGAACUGGCACAAAGAUGAUAAACCCGAAUGACCCUGAAGAAAAUGUCGAUUUAGUUCUUGAUAAUUCAUCGUCUGAUCAUCCACCUCCUUCCAAUACCAAACCCAGAGCCAAUUCAGAGGAUCUAUCUGGAAAGGGAUUGGUGCGAUCAACAAUUGAGUCGCAUAAAAGUCUUGAUGGUGAUCCUAAGCAAUAUGUUGACUCUCCGGCUCGCCAUGACAAUGCAAGCAAUAGGAGUUCCAAUGAUUCUACACCUCGUCUUGGAGUAGGUUCUGCUGAUAACCGACGAAGACCUUCAAGACAAAGUACUGCUGGGUCUGAGCACAGCGUUGAACGGUCACCCCUUCAUCGUCAGGCUAGAGCUCCUGCUGGAAGAGAUAGUCCCUCUUGGGAAGGAAAGAAUAAUUCCUAUGACAGCAGCCAUGGUACACCGGGAAGAUCUCGAUUAAGACCAGCUAAUCGAGGGGAUGAAACUCCUGAUAAAGGUGCAGCUGUUCCAAAGUUUGGUGAUUGGGAUGUGAGUAACCCUGCAUCAGCUGAUGGCUAUACUCACAUUUUCAAUAAAGUGAGAGAGGAGAGACAGGGUGGGGCCGGACAUGCACCUGGCACACCUAAUGAGAGGCCGCAUGUUAUCCGCAACCAAAAUAAUGACAAAGCUCAGUGUUGCUGCUUUGCUUGGGGCAAAAAGUGAUUUGUUGGACAAUGUGAAUUGUAUUAUGAUAAGAAAAGAAGGCGAAAAUAGCGUUGUGAAUGAUCAUGAGGUUUGUGUAGCAUUUGUAAUUUGUAAAUAUCCAAGGUUUUCUUUCCUUGCGGGAAGACAUCAUUGAAUUGCAUCUAUCAUAUAACUGCUUUGUGCUCUUUUUUACACUUUUGCAUGCAAGAUUGUGAUUUUUUUUUUUUUUUUGGCCUUCUGUUGUGUUACUGUUAUGCUCCUAUGAUUCAAAUUAACUGUAUUUAUCCAAGAUAUAUAAGAGAUUGGUUAUAUAAUUCUUUCCAAUGAA